UUCUGUAAAAACAACAUCUCACCUUCUUUCUUUAGUCCAAGUGCAGGAGCACGUUUGAGUGACCAUGGAGCGCGUUUGCUGUCAUGUAGUUCAGCGUUAAUAAGCCGUGAAUAGUUGCACACGAGGGGGGGGGGGGAGACCUUUGAGAAGACGCGAGCAGCGGGACUCGAAGCCAUGGCCGCGCGGGAGGAAGGAGACGCUUUGCACGGCAAACUGAGGCACCACGACGGGGCUGGAAGUGUAAACAGCUCGGAAGGCUUCAGGAACGGCUAUGUGAAGAGCUGCGUCACCCCCCUCAAACAGGACCAUCAGAGGGGUUUUUUGUUCAGCGUGUGCCGGCUUGGUGACGAAGACGUCCUCAACACCAAACUGCUAAAGGUGUCUGCCCUGUACGUGGGCGCCUUCGUCGUCUUCGCCGUCUCCGUUCUCGUCUCCAGGAGCUUGCAGGGCGACUCGCCGUGGGACCUGCGGACUUUCCUGCUGGGCUUCUCGCAGUGCAUCAGCCCCCUGUUCAGCAUAGGAUGCGCCUUCUUCUUCCUCACCUUCUACCUGAGGAGGAAGAAGAAGCAGAGCAGCAGACCGUGGCUCCUGUCGCUGCCCGCGUCGUGCUACCUCGGGGACUUUUUGGUCCUGCGCUUCUUGCAAUGGGGAGAGGAGCAGCACCAGAUGCAAAUGGUGGGCAGGUUGCUCUUCGUGCUGGGCUGCGUGGGUCUGCUCACGCUGAUCCCCACGCUCAAACUCAAGCACAGCGUCCUGGUGCUGGUGUUCGCCAGCGCCGUGUGGCUGCUGUCGCUCACGAGUCUGAGCGCCCUGCCCGCGCUGCUCAGACCGCUGCUGGCCUGCUGCGCGGGGGUCUCCGGCUCCCUGGCCGGGAUCUGCUUCGACCGCGUUUACCAGACGAGGGAGGUGCCGUGCGGGGCGUCCGGCGCCGAGGAGAAGGUGCCGGUGAUCAGGCCGAGGAGACGGUCCAGCUGCGUGUCGCUGGGGGAGACGUCGACCAGCUAUUACGGCAGCUGCAAAAUGCCCCGCAGACCGUCGCUGCCUUGCAUAUCCAGGGAGCAGAUGAUCUUGUGGGACUGGGAUCUGAAACACUGGUACAAGCCACAGUAUCAGGGAGCCGUCAGCGGCAAUGGAGUGGAUCUCUCCGUCAUCAACGAGGCCCGGAACCUGGUGUCAGAGCUGCUGAUGGACUCGUCGCUGUCGCCAAACACGGCCGCCACUCUGCGCAGCGUCUCCAGUCUGAUGGGGACCUUUUCAGGCUCGUGUCGGCCCAGAGUCAACCCCUUCACGCCCUUCCCGGGUUUCUACUCUGUGGAGGCGGAGGACUCUGCAGAGAGGAGCGACAGGAAAAGCAUAAAGGGUUUGAGCAGCAGAAACAGCCUCCCCACCCCUCAGCCCAGACGGAGUUCCACCUCCUCCACACCGUCUGCGCUCCCUCCGCUCGACUCCGCCUCUUCACGCUGGGAGCGUAGCAACGGGAAGAGACCCCACUGUGACCUCAGUUUGACCAGCAGCUCAGGUCUGAGUAACGGCCCCAAUGCAAACCUGCUCACCAUUCCCAAACAGAGGUCUUCCUCUGUCACCCUAACAUACCAUGUUGGGCCCAGAAGAACAGGCACGUCUCCCAGCCUCAGCCCGGUCACCUCACCGAGCCAUAGCCCUCCCACACCAAGUACAGGUUCCUCAUCGUCCCUCACCCCUCGGUUGCCCGUGGAGUUCCCAGACACGGCGGACUUCCUGACCAAGCCGAGCGUCAACAUGAACCUCCACAAGCCCCUGGUCCACACAGUCAGCGGCACUGAUUUCCAGCAGGCCUUUCGUAGCUCUACAUUCUCUCUGUGCACCAGCUGCGGUCGUCAGAUGCUCAAGGGAAUCUCCAGCGGUGAGUCGGGGGACUCUCAUCAGCUGUUCACCAGCGAGGCUCAGCGCAGGCGCUCAGUAGUCGAAGGGCUAGAGUACGCAGGGGAGGAUUUUAUCAGGGAAGAGCCGGACAUGUCUGGAGAUGGGAAGGCAGACACUGAAGGAGACCAGGGAGUGGUAGAGGAGGAGAAGGAGAAGAGCUCGGCCGUAGAGCUGCAGACGCAGAAAGCAGAGGGUGAACAGGAAUUCAGCCUUGAUCCCAUGCUGGACGACCACGAGGGUCUCAUGGAGAAGAUGGACACCUGGAACUUCCAGAUCUUUGACCUGGUGGACAGAACAGGAGGGAAAACCGGGAGGAUCCUCAGCUACGUGACUUACACGCUUUUCCAGGACAUGUGUCUUUUCGAGAUCUUCAAGAUCCCCGUGAAGGAGUUCAUGUCCUACUUCUGUGCUCUGGAAAGUGGCUACAGAGACAUUCCCUACCAUAACCGGGUCCACGCUACAGAUGUGCUCCACGCUGUUUGGUACCUGACUACCCGGCCAAUCCCUGGGUUUCAGCAGAUUCACAGUGAGCACGUGACGGGAAGUGACACGGAUUCAGAUAGUGGAAUCUCCCCAGGCAGGAUAUCCUACGCCACCUCCAAGAGCUCUUCAAUUUCAGAUGACAGCUACGGCUGCCUGGCCUGGAACAUACCUGCCCUGGAGCUCAUGGCCCUUUAUGUAGCAGCUGCAAUGCACGACUAUGACCAUCCUGGUCGUACAAACGCCUUUCUAAUAGCCACUAAUGCACCUCAGGCGGUGCUGUACAAUGACCGCUCAGUCCUAGAGAACCACCAUGCUGCGUCCGCCUGGAGCCUCUACCUGUCGCAGCCCGAGUACAACUUCCUGACGCACCUAGAUCACGUCGAAUUCAAGCGUUUUCGCUUCCUCGUCAUCGAGGCGAUUCUGGCCACGGACCUAAAGAAGCACUUUGACUUCCUGGCAGAGUUCAAUUCCAAGGUAAACGAUGUGAACAGUCCGGGAAUUGAUUGGACCAACGAGAACGACAGACUUCUGGUGUGCCAAGUUUGCAUCAAGCUGGCGGACAUCAAUGGGCCGGCCAAAGUCCGAGACCUGCACCUCAAGUGGACAGAAGGCAUCGUUAAUGAGUUUUAUGAGCAGGGAGAUGAAGAAGCAAAGUUGGGAUUACCCAUCAGCCCCUUCAUGGACCGCUCUGUGCCACAGCUGGCCAAGCUUCAGGAGUCCUUCAUCACACAUAUCGUGGGACCACUGUGCAACUCCUACGAUGCUGCCGGUCUGCUUCCAGGCCACUGGGUUAAUGAAUUGGAGUCAGACGAAGAGGAUGACGAAGCACAGGAGGAGACGGAUGACGAAGCAGAUGAGGAAGACGAGCUAGAAGUCGAUCUGGCAACAGGCAGGAGAAAAGGUCGCCGCAGGUUGUUCAGCUGCAUCAUGCAGCACCUGACGGAGAACCACAAGGUGUGGAAGAAGAUCAUCGAGGAGGAGGACAAGAGCAAAGAGCUUAGCAAACAGCAGCAGCAGCAGGACAGCUUGCCCAGCUCGCCAUCAGAUGACAUCCAGGUCAUCCAGGAGGAGGAGGAGGGGGAGGAGCGUCAGUAGCAGGAGGACAAAGUCAAUGUGCACAGCUGCACGAAAAAGGAAAGGAGACGCUGUGGAAGGACAUAAGUUCCUCAACCAUCUGCCUUUUACUGACACAAAGAUGGACAGUCAAUAAAUGCACAUAAAACAUACUUUGUUCCUGCUCUGUCCUGAACACACUCAUCAAGAUAAAAAUCUAAAUUCACUGUGCAGACACUCAAACGUCAAAGCAGUCACGUCGUUUUCAGAAACAAAAAGGCCUUACUACUGUGAGCGGAUCCUUACUGCAACGGUAGGGGCCCAACCCCUAUGCACUUUCAUCCCAUGGAGAGUCAAGUGCAAACAGACAUGAAAGCACCAGAACCGAGGGUAAAGGUGCAGAAGCGGACUGUGGACGGGGGUCCAGCGGUAACUUUUCCUCCAUGGUGAAUUGGCUGUGAUGCUGCCUUGAAUGCAAAGCGCUUAACACUUAACACCUCCUUUAGGUACAAAAUAGCUCCUGUUUAUUUAAAAAAAAAAUGAAAUGAAAGGUAGAGGAAAAGUACUGAAGCAGGUGGUGUCCUUAGCCCUUACCAAAGUGAACAGUCCAAUUAUGGGAAGACAAGAGACUGAAUCUGUUUCAGCCUCCAUGUCGAAGAUAUAUAUAUAUAUAUAGAUAUAUAUAUAUAUAUAUAUAUAUAUAUAUAUAUAUAUAUAUAUAUAUAUAUAUAUAUAUAUAUAUAUAUAUAUAUAUAUAUAUAUAUAUAUAUAUAUAUGCUGUUGUGCCUGUCUGAAACUUUAUUAAGUCCAUUUUGGUCCAGAGUUUUGGCUUGAGAAGUUUCCUCUCCUUGCUGGUGACACAAAACACUGUAUGAGACUCAGUCACAGAGACGUUAUUGAAAUGUUGACUGAUUAAUAGCAUUAUAUCUGCAUCGUUUUUGAUGCUUUUAUUCAUGUGUACCGCCCUGUUUAUUCCCCUUCCAUUUAAACUCUCUGUUCUUUGUUUUUUUUUUUUUGUUUGAGCGUGACUAUUUUCUGACCGGAAUGUGACAGAGAGAAUGAUGAGCAGGGAGAAAGAGAGCACAUUUUUAAACAUGUCAGUGUGUAAUUCUGUGUGUCCUUGUGUGUCAACUUUUUUUUUUUUUUUUAGCAAUGCUUCAUUUCAAAUCAGUAAAAUGUCCUCUGGCGUUUUGACGUGUUGCAUUCAGAUCGGGAGUGCUGAUUCAAUGAACGGAUUCUUCAUGUUCCUUAUUUUAUUAUUUUUUUGUUUUGUUUUUAAAGGUUACUCAGGAUUCAUGCAAA